UCAACGGCCUCGUGAUGUGUGUUCGUGUCAGGAAUUCCUUACUCUCUACUUGUGUAUUACAUACAUAAUACGUACCAAAUACAGUACUCCGUACAUUGUGUUGAGGAUUUAAUAAGCAACCACAUACACGCCCCUCGACAUACAUAAAAGAAACCAAAGAAGCCUGCCCCCCCAAAGCAGCUUCUUGAUGACAGUGAGGAUCGCAGCUUGAUACGUUCAUUCUCUAGGCGCAUCGGUUCCUGUAAGGUGGUGAAACAUUUCAAAACUUCUCCCUAGUGCUUCUUUAAAGUGCCCCACAAAAGCUCACUGCCCCUUGGUAUGCCCAACCAGGGUUUUCCCGCGUUGUAUUAAAAGAAAGUCAGAACGUCCCGCUGCCCACACGACAUCCCGACUACUUCUCGUCGUUCGAUUUUUUAUUUAUUUUAAAAAUAACCUCGUGUACCUUGUCCCCCUUCCUUUUUAUUGACCGCGACUCGUCACUUGUUUUCAUUAAUUUUCUUUCUCCCUCGUCUCCUUUUCUUCUUGAAAUGGUCCCCAUGGCUUCCUACUCACACUCUUCUGCGAGCUCAGAUUUAGUCUCGACGCCUCGAUCAGCCUCACCUUCCACUGCCUCCCGUUCGGGUCGUUCUGCUUCCCGCUACUCGGUAUCAAAUAGGACCUCUGUCUCCAGACGGUCUACCAUAAUGAACCAAGCUGCUCCCACCACUGCCAUAGACAUUGCCCAAAUAGAAGAGGGCAUCAAGAUGGCGAACCUCGACACACUCCGUGGCUACAGCAACACAACUCCCGCUCCCGUUCAACAGGCUAUCAAGACCGAGUACACCCCAAUGUCGCAGGCGGCAGGUUACCAGGUCCUCAGGGAGCCCAUGUGGAACAAGGGUCUGAUGUUCACCCCUGAGGAGCGGGUCUCCAAGAACCUCACUGGUCUCCUCCCCCACACCAUGGAGACCGAGGAUAUUGCCUGCGCCCGCGCCAUGAAGAUGAUCCGCACGCGCUCUACCAACGUGGACAGGUAUCUUUACCUGUCGAGCCUCAAAUCCUCCAACAUCGACCUCUUUUACAGGCUCUUGAUGGACAAUGUGCGCGAGCUCAUGCCGCUCGUCUACACGCCGACCAUCGGAGAUGUCUGUCUCCAGUACUCUUCCCUGUUUACCCGUCCGGAGGCCUUGUAUAUUUCGAUUAAGCAGCGAAAGUCCAUCAAGACCAUGCUGGCCAACUGGCCAUACCCCAACCCCGAGAUCUGCGUCAUCACGGACGGUUCUCGUAUCUUGGGUCUGGGUGACCUCGGUAUCAACGGUGUCGGCAUCAGCAUCGGAAAGCUUGCGCUCUACACUGCCGCGGCUGGUAUCCACCCCUCCAAGCAGUUGCCCAUCGUCAUCGACUGUGGCACCAACAACGAGGAGAACCUGCGCGAUCCUCUCUACCUUGGUCUGCGCGCCAAGCGCCCCUCGGUCCAGGAGCAGCAGGACUUCUGCGACGAGGUUAUGAGCGCCAUCAAGGAGGUGUACCCCAACAUGGUUGUCCAGUUUGAGGAUUUCGAGACGGAGAAGGCCUUCAACUACCUGGACCGCUACCGAUUCGACCCCAAGCUGAACUGCAUGUUCAACGAUGACAUUCAGGGUACCGGAGCCGUGGUUCUCGCCGGAUAUAUCAAUGCCGUCAAGCUGAGCAAUGUCCCGGUCGAGGAGCAACGUCUUGUCUUUAUGGGCGCAGGGAGUGCUGGCGCAGGCGUGGCACGUCAACUGGCAUGUGCUCCGCUUAUUCCUCUUUCCCCGGUCGACUAUUACCGUCAUGCUCACGGAAUGUCCGAGCAGGAGGCUAAGGAAAAGUUCUACCUUGUCGACACCAAGGGACUUAUCACUCGCGACAGGUUCGACGGAGCCAAGCUUCCUUCCCACAAGCGCUACUUCGCCAGGGAUGACAACAACGGCCAUCAGUUCCAGACCCUGGAGGAUGUGAUCGAGUUUGCUCGCCCUAGUGCUCUGGUUGGUUUGACUGCCACGUUCGGUGUCUUCACCGAGAGCAUCGUCCGCGGUCUCAAGGCUAGCGUCGACGCUGCUGGUCACAGGAACCGCCGCCCCAUCCUGUUCCCUCUCAGCAACCCCCUCACAAAAGCUGAGUGCACUUUCAGCCAAGCCAUUGACUGGACUGACGGAACCGUCAUCUUCGCCUCGGGUUCUCCCUUCGCACCUCACACCGUCAAGAACGGUGACAGCGCAACGACGUACUAUCCUAACCAGGGCAACAACGUCUACGUCUUCCCGGGUAUCGGACUGGGUGCCAUUCUCGCCAAGGCCAGCAGGGUCACUGACGAGAUGGUCUACACUUCGGCCGAGGCCCUUGCCAACUGCCUGAAUGCCGAUGAGAUCGCCACGGGUCUGAUCUACCCCCGCAUCGACAGGGUCCAGGACGCCUCCCUUGUUGUUGCCAGGGAAGUGAUGAAGUGCUGCCGUCGCCAAGGUUUCAGCAAACUGGACGACGAGUUGUGGAAAAGUUGGGAAGAAUGGGGAGACAACGCGUUGAUGUCGUGGAUCAAGACCAAGCUUUACAAGCCUCUGAAAGAGUAAAGAAAUUUAUGCGGUAGACAAAAGUUGGGUUGAUUUUCGUUUUCUAUUCUUUUUUUUUUCUUCUUCACAUAAUCUUUUGUACGUCAAAUACCCACGUAAUACUCCAGGACCCACACCUGGCUACAUGGCCGUUGCCAAUGAGAAACAGGCUCAAUAUAAAUUCUAGACUACAUGAAA